ACCUCAAAAAGAAUAAAACAGAAUUAGAGGGGAUUCAAAUAUGGUUAAUCAGAAAAAUCAAAGCCAUGGAUAAAGUCUUAAAUGAAGAGAGAUGUAAGGGACUGUUUACUUUAGAGACGAGAUGAAUAAGAGAGGACAUGACAACGGAGCAAAUCCAAGGCAGUGGAAAACAUGGAGGAAAGCCACAGGCCUACAGCACACUUAAGUGACAGCACAGUAUAUAUUCACCAUGGGAAAAAUUUUAGCUCAUGCUAGAGAGUACAAGCAAGCCCCUGCAUGCUACCUACCUGCCUGUUCACUGAGUACAAAGGUUGAAAAUAAAGUAAAGUGCUGUUGCAACACAUCACUUCUUUUUAAUGCCCAGGAAACACACAACUAUACAUAUGCUCUCUCAGAAAAAAACAGAAAGAAGAUUUUGAACAUGAAAAUCCCUUGGCUAAUGAUCUGGAUUGGAGCACUAUUUUCCAAUCCAGUCACGACUGACUGCAAUAUUACUUCUCUUUCUGUCACUUGUGAGGAAUCUGCAAAGAAUUACUCUUCUAUCCCUACCUCCCUAAGUAAAAAUGUUACUAAACUGUAUCUUAGCAAUAACAACAUUACUUUAAAUGAUACUGACAAAAAGGUUCUGCAGCUAUUUAUUAACUUAAGGGAACUCUAUCUGAAUGAAAAUGCCAUUACUGUGCUACAUAAUAAUACCUUCUCCAAUCUGUCAAAACUCACAAUUCUAGAUAUUAGUAGUAAUUAUAUCAGUACAAUUGAACAGGCUGCAUUUAAAGGCCUAAAUCAACUAUCCAUAUUGUAUCUAAAUCAUAAUAAAAUAUCCCAGUUGGAUUCUGACACAAUUGCAUCACUAAAAAACCUGAUGAUUUUGAGUCUACAGGACAAUUUGUUGAAGUACUUCGAUGUAAAAGCAUCAUUUAAACUGAUUACCUUAAAUGGAAAUCCAUGGAAUUGUUCCUGUGGCCUGCUCAGUUUACAGAAAUGGUUGAAUACCUCAAAUGUGACACUGGAACGUGAAAAUGACACUCUGUGUGCAUAUCCAGAUGUCUGGAACAAAUCUUCUAUCAAGACAGCACCUAUCCAAAAAGCUGAUUGUGACUCAAGAAGAGGUUCUAUAGCAAUCACUACACCUUCCACAUCUGCCAUUUUAACAUCCUCUCUCAACUCUUCAAACAACAAUAUUAGGAGCAAUGCAUCACAUCCAGGUUCUCCACCUCUCGGCAAAACUUGGGUCUUUCUGCUGGGUGUUCUGGUGUUUGUCCUAAGCACUUCACUACUGAUUUUUAUUGUCAUAAAAUGCCCACUUUGGUACCUCUACUUGAUCAGCUACAAUCACCGACAGCUGAAAGAAUAUGAACCAGAAAUGUAUGAUAAUGAAUUCGCAACUGAUCUGAGCACUUCUCCAUCAAUAUCAAACACCAACGAGCAAGAUUCCAUUACAGUAUUUGAACAAACUCAUACAUUUAUACUUGACGAGGAUGGAUUUAUUGAGGACAAAUACAUAGACGACCCUGAAUUAACUGAAGAGGUCUAA